AUGGCGGACGGCUUUCUUCCUUACCAUGAGCCAGGAAUUGUCGAGAUCCUAAUUAUAGUCUCUUUCUUUUUUAUCCUGUCCUUGGCAGAAUGGGCGUCUGCGAAGAUCAUCCGCGCCGGCAUCAUCGGCCAUAUUGCGGUUGGCAUCAUCUACGGGAAACCUCUCGCUGAUAUUCUCGAGUUGGAUUGGCAGAAAACUUUCCUCUCUCUCGGCUAUGUUGGCUUAAUUCUCAUUAUAUUUGAAGGCGGUCUUAGCGCCCGCCUUGAUCUUUUGAAGGCGAACUUGGGGCUGAGUAUGCUCGGUGCAGCCACAGGCGUUUGCUUUCCUGUUGGCCUUUCUUACCUGCUUCUCUAUCUCGGGUUUGGAUAUGGUGCUGUGGAAACAUUCAUCAUCGGAGCAGCGCUGUCAGCAACCUCUCUUGGUAAGUACGAGAGACUCUCCGCCACUUUGAGGAUCUCUUCGGCUUUAUGUUUAUACUACCUAGGUACGACAUUUGCGGUGAUUUCUUCUGCUUCUAGUACUGUGGAUCUCGCGCAGACUCGAGUUGGCUCUGUCCUGGUCAGCGCAGCUGUCAUUGACGAUGUGGUCGGACUUGUCAUGGCAAGUGUCAUCGGAAACCUCAGUCAACUGGAGGGAGGCGAUGAUAUAAAUCUCGGCUGGCUUAUUGGCCGUCCUAUUGUGGCUUCGAUAGCGAUGGCGAUUGUCACUCCUAUUGUGACAAAGUAUCUCUUCGCGCCGCUCUUUCGGCGUGUUAUUGAACACCAUUUUGCGCGAUUCGACCACAUCUCCAAUAUUAUACUGAUGACUCUGUCUCUAUCGGCAUUUAUAACCAUUGCUGCAUAUGCUGGGACAUCCGUUCUCUUCGGUGCCUUCUUGGCCGGCACAUUUUUGACGUAUAUACCAAGCAAGCAUCCCGACGGACCAUUUGUCGUCAUGAGCCGAGAAGAAGGCGAAAAGUUUGCACAUAAGAGCCCUACCUUCGUCCAUACUUUUGAACGCUACCUCAUGGAUGUCCAAAAGUACCUUAUGGAGCCUUUGUUUUUCGCUAGUAUUGGUUUUGCCAUCCCCUUUGUGCAGCUUUGGACAGGCAAGAGAAUAUGGCGAGGCAUCGUCUACACCCUUCUGAUGGUGUUUGCCAAGUUUGUUGUCGGUGUGUGGGUACCGCUAUGGGGUUGUUGGUCCAUUCGCAAGCGACAGCAGAAAUCCGGUCAGGGAGAUAGUUGCGUCGACGAAGACAACCAGGCGGUCCAGGGAAACGCGGAAAAUAGAAACAGGAUGACAACAUGGCUUUCUGCAUUACUCUUGGGGUCUGCGAUGGUAGCGCGGGGCGAAAUCGGACUUCUGAUUAUUGAAAUCGGAUAUAAUCAGACAUCAUACGUUACUGAGGAGGGCUUCAUAACUGGAGUGUGGGCAAUCCUGCUUAAUACGAUAAUUGGGCCUGCCACGGUUGGAAUUCUGGUCAAGCUCUGCGGUAGGCGUAUAGGAGAAGGCGAAUGGGGGCUACAGCAUCCUGUGGUGGCAGAACAAGAGACUGAGAGACCAGCAAGGCGUGCGUCAGUAUGA